AGCAUGAGUCGCCAUUAGACUUGCUCAGCCACAGGAGCUCGAAAUAGGCGGAAAUAUUAUUUUGUUUUUUGCUUUUUUUGCUUAUUUGUGGGAAUUGUACCCUGUCAUUUGUAGGUCGUCAUAUAAAUAUAGAAAUCUAAUGUAACCCAGCGAAAGACGGGCAUUUGGCUGACUUUCUUUGCUAAGUUAAAGAAAGAUUUCUUCACAUUCGCCAUGGCGGCUGGCGGCACUAACGUUAACAGAACAUUUUCUUUCAAGGUUGUUUUGUUAGGGGAAGGCUGUGUGGGUAAAACAUCCUUGGUUCUGCGCUACUGCGAAAACAAAUUCAACGACAAACACAUCACCACCCUACAGGCCUCAUUUCUUACAAAGAAGCUCAACAUCACAGGCAAGAGAGUAAAUCUAGCUAUUUGGGACACAGCUGGGCAGGAACGCUUUCACGCUCUUGGCCCUAUCUACUACAGAGACUCUAAUGGAGCUAUUUUAGUGUAUGAUAUCACAGAUGAAGACUCUUUUCAAAAGGUGAAAAACUGGGUAAAAGAAUUAAGGAAAAUGCUGGGGAACGAAAUAUGCUUAUGUAUAGUAGGAAAUAAAACAGAUCUGGAAAAAGAGAGACAUGUUUCAUUGGAAGAAGCUGAAGCAUAUGCUGAGUCAGUUGGGGCAAAACACUAUCACACGUCAGCUAAGUUAAAUAAAGGAAUUGAAGAACUGUUCCUUGACCUGUGUAAAAGAAUGAUGGAGACAGCACAAGAGGAGGAGAGAUUAAAGGGGAAUGGGGCGAGCCACGCAGGCUCAGGAAGAAGAGGUGUUCAGAUCGUUGAUGAUGAACCACAAGCAGCCACUGCUGCAGGAGGAUGCUGUUCAUCAGCCUAGGACAUUUGUUUCUUCUUCAGCUUUUUCUCUGUUCUUCAGUCUCUUUCUCUUUGUUUGUUUAAAAUUGCUGCUUUUUAUUCAUCAGUGCUCCCUGGCUCUGUAAAGUUGUUCACUUUAGCAGGUGUGUUUAUUAGUCAUCCAUUUACCUGUUGACUACAAAGCUAGAAUGUUGCCUAGAUAGACAUGUAGGAUUUGUCUGUUCUUUUAACAGCCUGAUGCCAUGAGCUGUCUCCCCAUUCUUUCUCGAAAUGCUUAAAACCACACUGUCCAUACCAACUUAUCUUAAGUUGUUUGUUGAGUUGAUUUAUGCAAAAAUAAUCAUUUUCUUUUAAUUAAAAUCUAAAAGAAGAAAUAAUCCAUUAUUUAAUAACUUAAACGUGCACACUGAAAUCAAAAGUCCACUGUACAUGUGAUCAUUAGUGAGUUUCUGUCUUUCUGUGCCAUUCCUCCUAAAGCAUUGCUGAUCAGAAGUUUUAUUAAACUUGCUUUAUACUUGUGUUUUGGACUUAAUUUUGGAAUCUAAAUAUAUUAUGUCCUUUUAUAACAUUUUGAGAAUCCAUACAUCUAGCCACUAAAAGUAUUCACUUCUAUUAAGUUGACAAGUAGUAAAUAUUAUGAAGAAAUCCUGCUUAAAUAUGUAAGCCCUUACAUAUAGUAAUGGGUGUUUUGCUCUUGAUACUGUUUGGUUUCUUUUGACACUGGGUGGAUCUCAUGUUUUGUGUUUCUUCAUAGUUGCCAAAUCUUUAAUAGUUUGGUGCAAAAUGAUCCUGAAUAAGCCAACAGCACUUCUGAUAUUUUUUUACAUUUAUUUUAACAGUAUAUCCAUGUUGUCUCUUUCACAUUCAGUUGCUGGUUAAUAACCCUGGUAAAGAUAACGGUUCUUUAAAAUUGUUAUUAAAAAUUGUCACAUUUAGCCCAAAUGAUGAUUGUCUUUGUUAAUAUAUUUAGAACUUUUGUUCAAAAUACCUAAGCAGUCUAUACACCCCCUUGCAAAAAUUAUGGAAUCCACAGAUUUGAAGGAGGUUUUUCGUAUUAUUGAAAAUAAACAAUUGAAAAACAGUAUUCUAUGCUUUUUUUUUUUUUUAAAGCAGUCACAUCAAGCUGUUUCCAACUUUCUUGAAUCCAGCUUCACCAAUUAGCAUUGCAGACUGGAUCCUUGUUAUAGACAUUUGUUUUUAUUUACCAUGAAUUCCAUAGAUAUGUACUGGUUUGCUGGCCAUACCACUGAGUUGAUAUGCCUUUCUUGAAAAACUGCUUUAUCAACAUCCUGAUAAAUCCUUUCACCAAACCUAUUAAGAAAAGUGUCAGGUUUUACUGUACAAAUGUCCACUGGCUGUUGAGGUAAUGAUUGGCAAUAUUUCUGGACCUUUACCUGACAUGCAAUCCCAUGUUAUAAUUGAGAGGGAAAUUUGAUUGUUUUCUUUAAGCAGUUAUCUAUGUGUUUCAUUAAAAGUUCUAGCAUCUUCUCCUUGACCAGUGCAAAUCCAUGUUUCAUCACUAAAUACCAUUUUCAUCCAAUCCACAUUAAUUCAUUCUCCUUAGCCACUGCAACCUUGUUUUAUGUUUAUAUUAAAGUACUGGUUUUUAUUUGGCUUUUCUGUUUGUAAUUUCACAUUUCAGCCAAUUUCUUACAGUUUUGUUACAAAUGUUUCUGCACAUUUGUUUUUAAUUUAUUUUAUUGUGCAUUUUCAUUUUUCAACGCAUAUAUUGUUUUUUCCAGUCGUUUUGACAUCUUUCUUGUUAUAACCACGUUUUCCUUUUAUAACCUUUCCAUUUUGUUUAAAUUUGCACCAAAUUUAUGUUUUGCCACACUUUGUGUUUGAUUUCUUUAUUGGAGGAGUUUUAUAAUCCUUUCCAUUUAUCCAUUGAGUCUCUUGUUUGAAAAAAUGGUUUUCUUUACUUUUCAACUGCAGGCUAAUGUUUACUUUCAGACUUGUGGGUGUAUAUGAUUUAAAAAUACAAAUAACAAGGUGAUUCCACAUUUUUUGCUUUAACAUUGAGUGAUUUAAUAUUUUUUCUCUUAUCUAAUCUGGACUGAUUACACAAAAAAUGUCCUGUGUUCUAACUAAUUCAUUUAUAUAGGUGAAAGUGCACUUUUGGAACCGUAUUAUUUAAUAUUUAACUGCUUAUGUCAUUGCUUUGUAAUAGAACAAUUAUAAAAAAAAUAGUACCUAGGUAUGAAA